AUGGACCGAUCAUUGAAAUGUUUCACCAACUGUCUGCUUUGCAUCUCGGGAGAAUUGGUGGCUCAAGAUCUGUACUUUAGCACUGAGCAAGGCACUAUCACGCCUAACUACUACUUUCGGCAAGAAGGCGUCGAGAGAAUAGAUCUCGGUGGCAAAAUCAUUGCGCCCGGGUUUCUAGAUCUGCAGACCAACGGGAUGAAGGGUGUACAUUUUACGCAACUGGCCCUGGGUGAUGGUCCCGAGACCGACGAAGGCAAGUUGGAAGCCGUCAGCAAAAUGGAAAUUCGCCAUGGGGUGACGGGCUGGUGGGCAACAGUUCCUACGGUAGACAAGGACCGGUGGAAGCAGAUAGUACCUCUGUUGAAACCACAAACAUUUGACUCGGGCGCCAACUUGCUAGGCGCACACGUCGAGGGACCGUAUCUCAACGCCUCGAAGAAAGGAGCGCAUAACGCUGUCUACCUCCAAGAACCUACGCAGAUAUCUCCGUCUGACUUAUAUGGCGAGGGCAAUCUCAGGCACGCAAUCAAGCUGAUCACACUGGCACCAGAGCUGCCUGGGUCAACCGCGCUCGUGGGCCAUCUGCAGGAAGAAUACCCUCACAUUGUCAUCUCUUUGGGACAUUCAGCGGCCACUUAUGAAGAGGGGUUCGCUGCUCUGCAACUGGGUGCUCGAGCAUUGACACAUGUCUUUAAUGCAAUGCUGCCUCUCCAUCAUCGCAAUCCUGGGCUUGCUGGACUGAUGGGAACCGGUAAAUGCUACUACUCGAUCAUUCCAGACGGAAUACACCUGCACCCUUCAGUGGUAACCCUUUGUCUGCGGACGGAUCCGAGAAAAUGCAUCUUUAUCACCGACAGCAUUGAACUUGCUGGCCUACCCGACGGCGUACACGACGGGCACGGACAGAUCGCACAGCACCAGCUCAAGCAAGGCAACAAAGUGACCAUUGAAGGCACAGAUACAUUGAUUGGCAGUUGCUGUACACUGGACGAGUGCGUGCGCAAUGUAGUGGCAUACACCGGGUGCAAUCUUGCCGAAGCUGUGCAGUGUGUUACAGAAAACGUGGCGGAUAUGAUGGGUGAAAGCAAGAGAGGGAGGCUCGAGCCUGGUCGACGCGCCGACUUUGCAGUUCUAGACCAGGAGGGACAUGUGUUGGAGACAUGGAUCGGCGGGAGCAAGGGCUUCGCCCUCUUCCCACAAGAGGUGAUUAUGGAGGCUCAACAGCAGAAGCCGGGAAAGCCCUGGAGUGGCACAAAUCGAAUCCCUAACAUCAAGGAGUUCGUUGCACAUCUUGACAAAGACAAGUCCGAAAGAGACAAGGCUAUCGAUGCUCAGAAGCUUGCUGGAGAGGCUCAAAAGUAUUCGGCUGAAGUCACUCCACACAAGAAUGAACAACAGAAGAAAGGCGGCAAAACAGUAACCGAUCCGGUCACUGGCAAUCAGGUGGUCAUUGCCGAUGUCGGGAAGGAGUAUAUGGAAAGGGCCGAUGACCCUAAGCUAUCAGUGCCAAAUGCCAACCUGGGCCGACCUACUACAGUAGCGACGGAUCCUUCGCAGAAGAACCCAGAGUACAAGGAAAAGCAAGACAUCACUGCUCCUCCAGACCCAGUUGCCGAGGGCAGCACUUCUGACGUCCCCAUUCAUGGAGAAAAGACCAACAUUCUGUUCCACCCGACCCCUUCAGUUAGUUAUGAGCCGAUGUUCGAGCUUCUCGAAAAUCGGGCUGGUGGACUAUGCAUUGCCAUCCUCAUAUCCAUUAUCGUUUUUGGGAAAAUGUUCGGCGGCUCUCUUAAGGGUCUGAUUCCAUUGGGCAUGUGCCUCGCUUCUGCCGUCUGGUUGUGGAUGAAAGAGGUGGUUCGAAGUGGCCGUGAGGUGGAAUGGAGCAGUGAACAGAGCAGAGGAGAAACGGCUGUGGCCAACCUCCUCCCUGAAUCAGUCGAAUGGAUGAACACAUUCCUGGGCGUUGUUUGGGGCUUGAUCAACCCGGAUAUGUUUGCCGCUGUGGCAGACACCCUAGAAGAUGUCAUGCAAGCAUCUGUCCCUGGUGUCAUCAACAACGUCAGAGUGGCCGAAAUCGAUCAAGGAAGUAACCCAAUCCGAAUUCUCAGUCUGCGGGCUUUGCCUGACUCCAAAAUGCACGAGCUUAAGAAGAGCAUUCAUGAAGAGAACAAGAAGACCAAAGACCCUCAGGAGGCGGCAGCAGACGAAGAAGGUGGUGAUUAUUAUAACCUCGAGAUUGCCUUUGCGUAUCACGCCAAACCCGCUGGUAAUCGUGCGUCUGCUGCUUCGAGGGCCAGGAACAUGCACAUGAACCUUGUCUUCUAUCUCGGAAUCAAGGGGCUCAUCGGCGUACCGCUUCCUAUUUUCGUUGAACUUCAAGAGCUUGUCGGAACCGUCCGCUUGCGGCUGCAGAUGACCCCCGAACCACCUUUUGCAAAGAGUCUCACCUUCACCCUGAUGGGAGUUCCUCAUGUUCAAGCCGGCUGCAUUCCCAUGGUGCAGAAGGGGGUUAAUAUCCUCAAUCUGCCGUUGAUAUCUAACUUCGUCAACUAUGCGAUAGGCGCAGCGGCAAGCAUGUAUGUGGCUCCAAAAUCAAUGCAGCUCGACCUGAAGUCCAUGCUGCAAGGAGACGACAUCACCAAAGACACACAGGCCAUGGGUGUCAUGUGGGUCCGCAUCCAUCGUGCCAUCGGCCUCAGCAAGCAAGAUCGUCGAGGAAGCAAAUAUGGAGGAAGCGACCCUUACAUCAACCUAUCCUUCUCCAAAUAUGGAAAGCCAAUGUACUGCACUCGUGUCAUCACAGACGACCUCAAUCCCGUUUGGGAAGAAACCGCAGCUCUUCUUGUCACACCUGAGCUCAUCAAAGCCGACGAACAACUCAGUGUGGAGUUGUGGGACUCCGACCGCAACUCUGCGGACGAUAUAGUAGGAAAGGUUGAGCUGUCCAUGCAGAAAAUGAUUCAACAUCCGGGCAAAAUGUAUCCUCAAAUCUCAAAGCUCGCCGGCACCCACCAGGGCAGCGAGAUGCCGGGUGAGCUGCAUUGGGAAGUGGGCUACUUUGGCAAACCCAAAUUUCGACCUGCUCUUCGUACCGAUGGCAAGGACAAAAACCUACCGGACGAGCUCAAGAAUGACGAGAAGCUCCAAGAUGAGAAAGGUGUUAUUGACUCUGAAGACGCAGAUGCUGUGGCACAUACUCCCCCUGACCCGUUGUGGCCUAGUGGUAUCUGCAGUGUUAUCAUUCACCAAAUUGUCAGCCUCGAACUCGAGAACAUCAAGGGCAGUGAUGGCAAUAGAAAGGGUAAAGAGUUUGAGCCAGCCAAGCCCUACGGGGAGGGCACCGACGAAGAGUCGAUCAAACUCCCAACUUCCUACUGUACAAUCCUGUUCAAUGAUACGCUGGUGUACCGCACACGAGCCAAAGCUGUCAGCAGCAAACCCAUCUUCAACGCCGGCACCGAACGCUUUAUGCGAGACUGGAGGUCCGGAAUAGUCACAAUCACUGUGCGUGAUCAGCGGAAUCGCGAGCACGACCCUAUCUUGGGUGUUGUGCCCCUUCGCCUGUCAGAUAUACUCACCACGAGUUCUCAAGUGACCAGAUGGUAUCCUCUUGAUGGUGGCAUUGGGUUUGGCAGAAUCAGGGUUUCGUUGCUUUUCCGAAGUGUUGAAACUCGACUCCCUCCUAAUAUGCUAGGCUGGGAUGUUGGCACCUUUGAAUUCAUUUCUGACAGAAUCGUGACCAUAGGUUGGAAGGCCAAUUCAAAGCUAAAACUCCGCACAGGUGGUAGCGUUGGUAAAAUCCCCCGAACACAGUGCCACAGUAAUGAAGGUGGUGAUGGCGUCUACUUCGAUGUCUCCAGUGAGAACAACAACCACAUCCGUCUACCUGUCAAGUACCGAUAUCGAUCUCCAGUCAUCUUUGAGUUCCACGUGACAGGCAAACGUGGAGCAGCGGCGUACGCUUGUAUCUGGCUUCAGAAUCUGAUUGACAACGAAGAAACACCAAUCGAUAUUCCCAUUUGGACGACCAAGAAUGGCAACCGACUCGUACAAAACUACAUCACUGAAGAGAAUGCCAAAGCAUUUAUGGAUAAAGGAUUAGAAGAUCUGAAGGAAGUUGGCCGACUCCAGUUCCGAGGCCGCUUCAAGGCUGGCAUGGAUGAGUCGCACCGAGACUUUAUCGUGGACAACAAUAGUCGGGAGACUUAUGAAACGUUCGAGGCAUGCUUGACCGAAGGUGUGCGCGAGCGAGUUGUCCAAGGCGAGGUGCCAGAAAAUAUCCAAGAACUGCACGAGGCUUCUCUGAAAGAGGGCCGUGACAUUCUCCACCAAGAAGUGUCGGAGAAAGAGAAACGCAUAUGGCUCAGCAAGACUGGCGAAGACUGGUCUGGGGCAUUCAGUCAUGAUCCCAGGGCUUACACCAAUAAAAAGCACGAAAAGAUUGCCGAGCCCGGUACUGACGAACCUCCCCACGACCCAUAUAACCCGUCAGAUAAUGAUGAUGACGACGACGAGCCUAUUGAUGAUGACUCAUCGGACUUGGGCAUCACUGAUGCCACCAAUAUUCCGGAAGGAGCAUUCCAGAAGGACCCGAAGGACGUUGAUGGCCUCAAUGGCUAUGCUGAAGGUAUGAAUGGGCGGCCCAGUGCUGAUACCACAGCAACAGGUGAGACCGGCUAUACAACCAUGACCGAGACAUCGACGAACUCAGUUCAACCUGUGCAGAAGAGAGAUAGCGGUUUCGAGAAGAAGACCGGAAAACGAGCGGAGGAACGCAAGCAUCGAGGGUUGUCGCAAUGGACACCGGCGAGAAACGUCAAGUUUGCCAAAGAUGAAGCCAAGAUUGGAAUGAGCAAGAUCAAGAAACGAUUCACAGGAGGGCUUGGUGGGAGAGAGCCUGGUGUCGAGACUGAGGCUUGA